AUGUCCUAUCUACGAUCCGCCGUCCAACGCCCCAGUAUUCGUGAUCUCACGACAUAUCUCCUGCAACCUAGCAAACGACGAUGCAUUGCCCAGAGCACACACAAGAACCUCACUCGCCGGAUCCAACCAACUGCUACACGAGCAUUGUCCCUCUCCCAUACUCUCGAUGCAGCGCCGAAGUCCCAUGAUAGAGGACCUCGCAGUACGGAAGAUACACAAACCGAUUUUGGAAGUCUCAAUGUGCUUGGAAACACGCCAGCCCCAAGUACCUCUAUAGAUGCAUGUCUUUGGGACGGUUUUCAUCUGGACAGUGGUGUCAAGAUCACAGGAGGCUCGGGCGUGUUACUAGUUGCUGGAGAAGCAUUCAAUUGGAGGCCCUGGGAGUCUGGGAAGGGCGGUAUGAAAUUAGUCAAUGAGAAGGGACAGUUUGAUGUCGAGGAUGAAGCAUGGGGCUUGUUUUCUCUAGUGUGGCCGAAGCCUGACUUGCUCAUACUUGGUCUUGGUAAGGAAAUGCGACCCAUAAGCCCACGAGUAAGACAACACCUUAAUUCUCUGGGAGUCAGAGUCGAUAUCCAGGACACAAGGAAUGCUGCAGCACAGUACAACCUGCUCGCGACUGAAAGAGGGCUGAACGCUGUGGCUGGAGCUUUGAUUCCCAUAGGAUUCAAGGAAGGAGUUGGAGUCAAAUAA